GGCAGCUCUGCCUCCUGCUGAAUGCAGAGAACAUUUUCCACUCUAUGGCAGACAUCCUGCUUCGGGAAGAGGACCUCAAGUUCGCGUCCACCAUGGUGCACACCCUCAAUACUAUUCUGCUCACCUCCACUGAGCUCUUCCAGCUGAGAAACCAGCUCAAGGACCUGAAGACUCUGGAAAGCCAGAACCUCUUCUGCUGCCUGUAUCGUUCCUGGUGCCACAACCCAGUCACCACCGUGUCGCUCUGCUUCCUCACCCAGAACUACCGGCACGCCUAUGAGCUCAUCCAGAAGUUUGGGGACCUGGAAGUCACUGUGGACUUCCUCACAGAGGUGGACAAACUGGUGCAGCUGAUUGAGUGUCCCAUCUUUACAUAUCUGCGCCUGCAACUGCUGGAUGUGAAGAACAACCCAUACCUGAUCAAGGCCCUGUACGGCUUGCUCAUGCUGCUGCCCCAGAGCAGUGCCUUCCAGCUGCUCUCUCACCGGCUCCAGUGUGUGCCCAACCCUGAGCUGCUGCAGACUGAAGACAGUCUGAAAGCUGCCCCCAAGUCCCAGAAAGGUGACUCCCCCAGCAUCGACUACACAGAGCUCCUGCUGCACUUUGAGAAAGUCCAGAGACAGCACCUGGAAGUAAGACACCAGCGCAGCGGACGCGGGGAUCACCUGGACCGAAGAGUUGUUCUCUGAUGUGCCUGGCAUGAAAAGGGCCCAGGUGGCCCCUGAAGCACUCAGGGUCUCCAGGCUGAGGCCGCAAGAUGCCUGAGAACCUGCCUCAGGCAGGGCUGGACCUGACCACCAGCCCAGGAUAGGGAGGGAACAGUCUGCUCUGUUAACCCCAACUCCUCCCAGCGGAGUGCCUGGACCCCAGCACUGUCAGCUACACCUUGGCUUGGGACCAGUGGCUUCCCUCCUGAGUCAGACCACAGCCUCAGAAUCUGAAGCAGCCUCUUCCUAAUUCCCCUGUGAGAAGAGCUUGACCUUGGCCCCAAAGCACUGGCAUGGUGUCUGUGUAUAUGUACAUCUGUGUGGAUGAUGCACACAUACCAGCACAAAGACCCCUACAGAAUGAUGUCCCUCCCUGCCCCAAUAAAGAAAUGACAGAAUCCUUAA